UUUUUUGCACUGACUUCCAGUUCGGCACAGCGAUUUUGGUGGCAGGACAGCGUCGGGGUUGUUGCAGAAGUUACUGGGUCACAUCGUUGCAGACCGAGACAAGCAAUCAUGACUUCAACAAAUAUGUUUCAGGGACUUGAAAAUAAUGGCAAACCAAGUUCAAGGGUACUAAGACCUCCAGGUGGAGGGUCCAGCAAUCUCUUUGGUGGAUAUGAGGAAGAGGCGCCUUCGUCUAGACGGCCAAACAAAAUGUCCUCUACUAUUUUUGCCCCUGCAGAAGAGAGUCAUUCUCCCAAACGCACCAAUCCCCCAGGUGGAAAAAGCAGUGGAAUAUUUGGGGGGCCAGAUACUCCUCAGACCCAGAGCAGGCCUAAUCCACCUGGUGGAGCUGCCAGUAAUAUCUUUGGGGGUGCAGAAUCAAACCCACCACCUGUAAAAAGUCACCCAAACAAACCAAAAGACAACUUAUCUGUGGGUGUUCCAGCUACACCGGAUCCACCAGCCCCAGUGCCGAAGCAAGAACCUGUAGUUGAAGUGGUGAAGGCUGAGGCAGUUUCUCCACAACCCAUACCUGAAAAAGAACCACCUACUCCAGAGCCAGCAGCCCCAGAACCAGCAGCCAAUCAGAAUUCUGAGCCAGCAACAAAACAACCAUCAGACAAGGACCACGAGCCACGUCUCGGACCACGCCCUCGCUCUCACAACAAAGUGCUCAACCCACCUGGUGGAAAGUCUAGUGUGGUCUUUUACUAGUCCAAUGCUCUUACCUUGUGUCUUCAUGUCUUUUUUUCCAUUUGCUUAUGCUUUCAACUAUUGCUUUUUUCUUUGGGCUUUUCUUUUCAUUCCUUUUUUUGCUUUUGCACUUUCAGAUUCAUUCCUCAUUUGCCCUUUCUCCACUUCAUUUAGUUAGAAUAACUGUUGCUGUCGCUAAUACAGAUGAAUGGUUAUCGUACCUUCGAAUUGUUUGCGUUGACUGUUCUUUAUAUUUCUUUGUGUUUUUGUUUUCGAAAACUUAUAAUGUAUACGGUUGUAAUGAAACUCGGCAGAGUCUAUGCAAUGCUCAACUGGAACCACUGACGGUGGCCAAAGGAAAUUCUUUAGCAUCAGCAUGUUCAGAUUUACUUUUUGAAACUCUGUGAAUGUGUUCAAAUGGCCUUGGCAAUCAAAAGAAAUGACUUUUGUGCAGGAAGACGACGGUUUUCAUAUUCUUUGUCGUCCAGAUAUCCCCUUGUUUUUGUGACUGUGUAGUAAGAUACAAAGCCAACUGUGAAGAUUAGCUUUUGUGAGAAACCAAAAAACCACAACUGUUAUAGCUGAUAAUCGCCUGUGCCAAGGGAGAAAAUGCGUACAAUCAUCGUUAUUUACCUUGUUAUCAAACUAUAAAAAUGUCCACACAGUAAUCGUAUAUCACAAACCAAAAUGCGCUGACCACACUCAUGAAUGUAGCUAUCUACCCUAAAAUCUAGAUAAACCUCUGAUAGGCUGGAUGCUAAAGGGAAGUACUUAAAGUUGCUGUCCGUGACUUUGUCGUACUGCUUCUUUUGAAUUUCAUCUGUGUUCCCUGUAGCCAUCAGCAGUAUUUAUGUUUCAAUAAAAGUGGUAGUUGGAUGUGAUAUGUUUAUUGAAAUGUGGGAGAGCUUCUCCACAUACAAGUGCGAUCCUAACCCAAAAUUCUUCAGUGGUUGCUUAGCAAUGUGACUGGCUGAGAUGAUGUCACAGGGGCCUGUGACUUACAAUACACCUCUGUUUUGAUUUGUAUGCUGUUUUGUAUUGCCGAUUUUGUUCAUGACAAUAAAAGAAUGUUUUACCAUGUUGCUUAAAAUAAACUAACCCUCUUAAUUUAAA